UUUCACUGGUUUACCUAAAUAAUUAUUAAUCUAGGGAAAAAAAAUGUCAGAAUACAGCUCAGCGAAGAGCAGCAAACUUGUCCUGAAGGGUGAAAGCUCCAAAGGUCACAAACGCAAGCACAAGAAAAACAAGAAGGAUAAGGAUUCAAAAAAGCUACGCGUCGAAGUGGACGAAGAUGCCCUGAAACACGGAGGCUGGUGGAGGGUGUCAAAGGUGGACGAAAUCACCGGUUCCAUCGCGAUUCAGUUCGGAAAGCGGGCGUUCAUCAGAGCUUUGGACAAUGGAACGUUUACGCUGGGAGCUCCCCACGACGAGGGCGAUGGUCCGGAUCCCGAGGAAAUCUUCACCGCCGUGUUGAUAAAUGAGGAGAAGGUAGCUUUCAAGUCGGGUUACGGCAAGUACCUGAAGGCGGAGAAGGAUGGGAUGAUCACUGGCAGAUCGGAUGCAGUGUCAGCGGUGGAACAGUUCGAGCCAGUAUUCGAGGGCUCCAAGAUGGCACUGUUGGCUGCGAAUGGGUGCUUCAUUUCGGUCGAUCCCGAGGACGAUGCCGUAGUGGCGAUCAAGAAAAAAGUCGGUGAAAAUGAGGUGUGUAUGGUGAGAAGCUGUGGUGUCCGAGAGGAGAAGACCAACAACGAUGUAGCUGUCGAAGAGGAGGGUGAUCUGGAUCAAGUGGAAAUUAACUAUGUCAAAAAAUUCCAAAAGUUCCAGGAUAAAAAGCUACGGGUCAACACCGAGGACAAGGCAGCGCUGAAGCGAGCCCAAGAGGAAGGCAUACUCCACGAAGCCCUGCUUGAUCGUCGCAGUAAAAUGAAGGCGGACAGAUAUUGCAAAUAAACCAUACAAAUCUUAUUAAAUGAUUAGAUUAUUUACGAAAAUAAUCAUAGCGUAGAUUAUUCGACUUUAUUUAACCCAAUCUUUGACUCUCUGGUAUCCAUGUUUUUUUUUUGUUUUCCUCAAUGAUUUGUUUGUUCCAUCUCACAUUUUGUCUUGCCCAGUUUGAGGAUUGUUUUCUAAAAUACAGUGGCUUAAAAACGCAUUCCUUCUCACUUUGAAUCUUACGCAUUUGUUUAUUUUUCAGCUUUCAGCCUGUUCGGUUCCCGUUUAUUUGUUUGUUUGUUUGCUUGCAAGUUCCCUUCUACCAAUUUGCUUUUUUGUUGGUUUCUAUUUUAUUUCUGUUGAUUACUUUCCAGAGUAACAUGUAUUUUUUUUUAUUUUAGCCGUAAUGGGGGUCCUAAAUGAUUAUUAUUUAUGUAUGUUGAUUUUAUCUUGGUUUUCUUUUCUUCGGGUGUGUGUGUGUGUAAUGUUUCUGAUAGAUAUUUUUUUAUUUUGUUUGUUUUAAGUUUUCCGAAAUAUCGUCGAACCUUGGGUAAUGUUUUAAGGUAGUUAGUACGUGAUUUACUUCCAUCGUUUUUGUGUACCUGUUGAACCUACUGAGUAGCUGCACGUCUUCUUCUUUAGUAAAUUUUCAGCCGACUUCUACGCUCUACACUAUUUUUUUUACCAUUCUUGUUUGUGUGUGUGUGGUGUUUUAUUUGGUUUACUUAAUGAUAGUUUUAGCCCUUAAAAUAGGCGAAAACGAAAGCCAUGAUGACCGAAUAAAAUGAAAAGAUUGAAAAUACAUUAAAAAAGGGAACUAGCAUUUCACAGUUCAUUUAUAAUUAUUUACUUUGGAGAGGAAAGAAACGGAAAUAAAAUUAAACUUAACUACGAGAAUUAGCAUGUGUGUUGGCUUAUCUUCAUUCCCAGCCAGUGUCCGUGCUUCAUCAACGACCUGUGUUGGAAGUUGAUUGAGAAGUUGAUUUCUCUCGAAAAUGAGAAUAGAAUGCUCCUAUCGAUAAUGAGUGUGUUUACGGGAUGUGCGGACGACCGCGACUGGCCGAUGGAUUGGAGAUCCCGACAUAAGAG